UGGCUAUUUUCAGGACCAGCACCAGGAAACAAGCACCAGUAAAAAACAAAAGAAAGAAGGAGUACCUGGGAGCAUGUCUGUGCCGGCCAGGGUGGUCCACAUGAGGCGGGCUACCAUCACGGCUCUGCCGCUCUACUACUCAGGACCCCUGCUGAAGAAACUGUGCAGUGAGACGGACUACAAGAAGUUCUACGCAGAACUGCGCGGGGACGCUCUGUUUCUGUACAAAGAUGAAACGCAGGACACAUACACGGAGAAGCUAAACCUGCAGGAGAUGAAGUCCAUGCACUUAGAGUCUCCGUACGAGAGGAAGACGCCCACCGUCUUCACCCUCACUUUGGCCACACAGAAGGUCCACUUAAAGAUGGACAACCCUGACACAGGAGAGGAGUGGAGGGUUUACAUCCAGACCAUGGUUCAAAAAGAGAUCCCCAGCCAGCUGCAGCUGCUGCCUGGUCAGAAGAUGCUGCUGGAGGACGCUCUAUCUCAGGAGCAGAGGAGGAAGGCCCUGGCAGACACACCCCCUGCACUACCGCCUCGACCCGCCUACCUCCGAGGACCCUCCUCAUCCCCGCCUCCACCACACCACAGCAGCCCCGAGCAGCUCCCAUGUUUCUUCAAAGUGACGCGACAGGAAGCGGAGCAGAUGUUGGAACAGAACGCGGAAUAUGGAAGCAUCAUCCUGCGCCCGUCCACUUUGGCCAACAACUACGCCCUCACGCUGAGACAAGACACAGCCAGGGGGCCCGUCAUGAAGAACUACCGGCUGACCUGCACUAAAGCAGGAUUCAUCAUUCAACUGGAAACAUCAGUGACGGUCUCUUCCCUGAGUGACGUAUUGGAAUAUUUCCUUGAGAAGACAGAAUAUCGCCUUCAUCCUUACACGCCGUGUGAAACCUACAACACUUUUAUUGAGAUGACACCCCCGCCCGAGUGCAUCAGCAUUCCUCCCCGAGCAGCUAAAAGCGUACCCAAAGCUCAAGUGGGGCCCAUGGUGUGUUCAGGGACCAGGCCGGGGGAAGACGAAUAUGUGGUUCCUGAAGAACACCAAUUGAAUGAAAAAAAAGGUGUGAAUGAGAGAAUAUGAGAAACAGCACAGUAAAUGUUUUGGAGCGAUCAAUAUUUUUUAGCCUCAGAUGCGAUUUGAUACUUUGACAACAGAUACUAGAUGUGAAAGUGUUUGAUAGCAAGUAACUGAAGUAAACACAAUAGCACAUAUUUUAUCUUAUUGAAUGCAGAACUUGCUAGUAUUGUUGUAAAUCAGAUAACUUAAUACAUUUGUGGUAUUGAAUGCUACAUUUUUUUUUUUUUAACAAAAUAAAGUGAUUAGUGAACAAUU